AUGGUGACAAUUGAGGAAGAAAUUGAUGAAGGCGAAAAGGAGGAUAUCGAAAUGCCAAAAGCUAUGGGUGAUAUUUUUAAGUCGGUUGCUGGCGCCUAUACCUGCAAACUGGAAAGAGUAUUGGAAUCAGGCAAAGUGCAUGUAACAGCUGAUAUCCAGGGAAAAUGUCGUUUCACAGGAAUGGGACGUAGUUAUCGGAUUGCAAAAUGUACUGCAGCAAAACGAGCUUUGUGA